UUUUUUUUUCUUAACAGAUUUCAAUACCAUGGCUAUGCAAAGAGGCCCACUGGGCACCAAUAGUGGGAUGUCAGAACAAGAACAACAAACUAUCAAAAUGAUGCAAGCAGUCAUGGAAUCUUGUCCUGCUAAAGUAGCUAUGGCUGGUACUGCUGGUUUUGUUAUGGGUGGUGCAUUUGGUUUAUUCAUGUCAUCAUUUGAAUAUGCAGGACCUACAGUAUCUGAAGAAAUGGUACAACAAUCAACGAAACAACAACUUAAAACAGCUUUUAAGGAUAUGGGAACAAGAUCUUGGUCCAUGGCGAAAAACUUUGCUGUUGUAGGUGCUAUUUAUUCAGGAUCUGAAUGUGCUAUUGAAUCUUAUCGAGCGAAAAAUGAUAUAGCCAACAGUGCAGCAGCAGGAUGUUUUACUGGUGGAUUACUUGCCAUUCGAGCUGGUCCUCAAGCAACAGCUUUAGGUUGUGUUGGUUUUAGUUUAUUCAGUGUUGCCAUUGAUAAAGUCAUGCAUGCCAAUAGUUAGAUCACAUACGCACACACACACAUACAUACUUGUUAGUAGUAAUAUUACCUUUUUUUUUGUACAAAAUUUGAUAUCAAAAAUAUACACAUCAUACUUUAGAUUUACUAGUCUUAUUACUUUGUAGAAUAGUCUCUCUCUCUCUCUCUCUCUCUCUCUCUCUCUCUCU